CUCCACUUCCGGUUUCCGGUGUCAUGGCGGCCGGUGUCAUGGCGGCCUGAGCCCGGCGGUGGCGGCGGCGGGCCCCUCCCUGCGGAGCCGCUGUCCAGCGGCGGGGAUGUGACCGCGGGCGCUGCCGGCUGCCCGGGCGUCGCGUCAGCUCCCGUGUCGCCCUCAGUCCGCGCCAAUGGCGGGGUCCGGCUGCGCGUGGGGCGCCGAGCCGCCGCGGUUCCUGGAGGCCUUCGGGCGGCUGUGGCAGGUGCAGAGCCGCCUGGGCAGCGGCUCCUCGGCCUCGGUGUACCGGGUGCGCUGCUGCGGCACCCCCGGCUCGCCCCCCGGCGCGCUCAAGCAGUUCCUGCCGCCGGGCAGCACCGGGGCCGCGGCCUCCGCCGCCGAGUACGGCUUCCGCAAGGAGAGGGCGGCGCUGGAGCAGCUGCAGGGUCACCGGAACAUCGUGACUUUAUAUGGAGUCUUUACAAUCCACUUCUCUCCAAACGUGCCAUCGCGCUGUCUGCUGCUUGAACUCCUGGAUGUCAGUGUUUCGGAGUUGCUCUUGUACUCCAGUCACCAGGGCUGCUCCAUGUGGAUGAUACAGCACUGUGCCCGAGACGUCCUGGAGGCCCUCGCCUUCCUUCAUCACGAGGGUUAUGUCCACGCAGACCUCAAACCUCGUAACAUACUGUGGAGUGCAGAGAAUGAAUGUUUUAAACUCAUUGACUUUGGACUUAGCUUCAAAGAAGGCAAUCAGGAUGUAAAGUAUAUUCAGACAGACGGGUAUCGGGCCCCAGAAGCAGAGCUCCAGAACUGCCUGGCCCAGGCGGGCCUGCAGAGUGACGCGGAGUGCACCUCGGCCGUGGACCUCUGGAGCCUUGGGAUCAUUCUGCUGGAAAUGUUCUCAGGAAUGAAACUGAAACACACAGUCCGAUCUCAGGAGUGGAAGGCGAACAGCUCUGCUAUCAUUGACCACAUAUUUGCCAGUAAAGCAGUCGUGAAUGCCGCCAUCCCAGCCUAUCACCUCAGAGACCUUAUCAAAAGCAUGCUUCACGACGACCCGAGCAGGAGGAUCCCCGCCGAGAUGGCGCUGUGCAGCCCAUUCUUCAGCAUUCCUUUCGCCCCUCAUCUGGAAGACCUGGUGGUGCUCCCCACCCCAGUGCUGAGGCUGCUCAACGUGCUGGACGGCGAUUACCUCGAGAAUGAGGAGGACUACGAAGAUGUUGUGGAAGAUGUGAAGGAGGAGUGUCAGAAAUAUGGACCGGUGGUGUCUCUGCUGGUCCCCAAGGAAAACCCCGGCAGAGGACAAGUCUUCGUAGAGUACGCAAAUGCUGGCGACUCCAAAGCUGCCCAGAGGCUGCUGACUGGAAGGAUGUUUGACGGGAAGUUCGUGGUGGCUACUUUCUACCCGCUGACCGCCUACAAGAGGGGCUACCUGUACCAAACCUUGCUUUAACCGGUGCCCCUCGGACUGCGUCCUGUCUCGUCUUCGCCACCCAAGUGCAGAAGCACCGCUUCCCACUGGGAGGGGACACCUUGUCCACGUUUCAUCCUGCUAGCCUGCGGCCACUGCUGACCCUGGGCGCGCGGAGGGCCAGGCCUGCCAGCCGCACAGCAAGGGUGCGGCGUCCUGUGGGCACCUCUCCUCAUGGGGGCAGGCGCCGCUCUCCAGCCGUAACCUUACAGUUAACCCAUGUGACCCCGAAGCAAGGAGGAGUCACCGCGUCCCAGUGAACAUCAGCACAUCUGUCAGAGGGUGACAUCACUUACAUGCUGUUCCUUUAUGUUGUCAGGCAGGCGCUGGGGGCUCCCAGUGCCGUUAGUGACAGGUGACAGUCACCCACUGUGUCAUAACUGAGUUCCGGGGCUUCCAGGGGGCGCGGGAGUCCUCAGCACUCCUUUGAGGACGCGCAGGGAGCCUGUCCGCAGCGUGGGAGCUGACGGCUCUGAAGCAGGAAGCGGAAGCUUGGUCUUGCACAGCUUGUGUCUGGUGUGUGUGCUUGAGCGGUGAGAGUGUGAAAGGGGACAUCGGAGCCUUGCACUUCUGUGGGAGCCGGGUGGGCGGGGCCAUGUGUGUGCACCGCCCGCCUGUCCCACGCCUGCAGGGUAGAGGACGUCCACUUCUGAGAGUCGCUCUGUCUGAUGGAAGGCGAUGGAAAAGCACUCCUCCCUGAGAGGUCCCGGACAGUCCCGGACAGGCGCGUCCACCCUGGGCUCCGCUGAGCCUCUGAGCGCGGCUGCGUCCAGGGGUGCCCUGCUGG